UCCGAUUCUGAGGCUGGUCUGCAAUGGCGGUAAACCUUAGAUUUUCCGAAAGGCUUCUAAAGACGAAAUGAUGUCGCGCUCUGUGUUUUCAAAAAGUAUACUUUUUACGUGAUUUGCAAAAUUCGAAAAAAUCGACAAUCGAAGAUGGCAGAGAUACAAGCUGUUCCACUAGGUGCUGGUCAAGAUGUCGGAAGGAGUUGCAUACUUGUCACAAUUGGAGGUAAAAACAUUAUGCUUGACUGUGGGAUGCACAUGGGAUUCAAUGACAGCAGAAAGUUUCCGGAUUUUACAUACAUUGCAAAAACUGGGCCUUACACACAGUUUAUUGAUGCUGUUAUUAUCAGUCACUUUCAUCUGGACCAUUGUGGUGCACUUCCUUACUUCAGUGAAAUGUGUAAAUAUGAUGGACCAAUCUACAUGACACACCCAACCAAGGCCAUUUGUCCCAUUCUGUUGGAAGAUUUUAGAAAGAUAAGUGUUGAACGAAAAGGAGAAACAAACUUUUUCACCUCACAGAUGAUCAAAGAUUGUAUGAAGAAGGUCAUUGCUGUCAAUCUCCAUCAGACUGUCCAGGUAGAUGACGAUUUGGAAAUUAAGGCAUACUACGCUGGCCAUGUCUUGGGUGCAUCAAUGUUCCAAGUUAAAGUGGGACAACAGUCAUUUGUUUAUACGGGAGACUACAACAUGACGCCUGACAGGCAUCUGGGGGCUGCCUGGAUCGAUAAGUGCAGACCGGAUUUGCUGAUAACUGAAUCAACGUACGCAACUACCAUCAGAGAUUCGAAAAGGUGUCGUGAAAUGGAUUUUUUGAAAAAAGUUCAUGAAACUGUAGAAAAGGGAGGAAAGGUGCUAAUUCCAGUGUUUGCUCUUGGGAGAGCACAAGAGCUUUGCAUCCUUCUUGAAACCUUUUGGGACCGCAUGAAUCUGAAGGCUCCUAUUUACUUCUCAACUGGACUCACAGAAAAGGCUAACCACUACUACAAGCUUUUCAUUACGUGGACCAAUCAAAAGAUCAGAAGUACUUUUGUUCAGAGAAACAUGUUUGAAUUCAAGCACAUCAAGCCAUUUGAUCGGUCGUACAUAGAAAACCCUGGGCCGAUGGUUGUUUUUGCGACCCCUGGAAUGUUACAUGCUGGACUUUCGUUGCAAGUUUUUAAGAAAUGGGCUCCCGAUGAGAACAACACUGUAAUAAUGCCAGGUUAUUGCGUUGCUGGUACUGUUGGUCAUAAAAUUCUCUCGGGACAGAGAAAGAUCGAACUGGAUAAAAAAACCACUAUUGACGUUAAAUUGUCUGUGCAGCAUCUUUCCUUUAGCGCCCACGCAGACGCAUCUGGCAUAAUGCAACUCAUAAGACAGUGCGAGCCUGCUAAUGUAAUGUUAGUUCACGGUGAAGCAAGCAAGAUGGAGUUCCUAAAACAAAAAAUCCAACAAGAGUUCAACAUUGAAUGCUACAUGCCCGCAAACGGCGAAACAGCUUCCAUUCCUGUGGAAACGAAGAUAAACAUCGAAGUUUCAAAAUCAUUGCUUGCAAAGAGAAAGAUGGCGGAUUCAGAAGAGCACCAGUCGAAGAGGAAAAACUUGGUAAAGAGGAAUACGGAAGCAGACCUUAGUGGCAUUCUCGUUAUGAGAGAAGGGAGCUUGCAAUUGGUUGAGACAGAGAAAGUAAUGAAAGAAUUUGCUUUAAAAGAGCAUCAGCUGAGGUUUACGUCAACAGUUUCGUUAGAUUCUUGCGAAAAUCCUGAAGCUUUUUUCAGCAAAAUGAGAAAAGACUUGGAAGAGAAUUUCAAUGAAUGCAGUAUUGACAAGCUAGGAUCACAUUCCCUGGCUUUAGACUCAGUUCUUAUCAAGUUCCUGUUAUCGAAGAGCUCCAAAGACAGAAGCAGUAUACUUGUAUCAUGGCAGUUUCAGGAUGAAGAUCUUGGGAGCAAAGUACUGAAUUUUCUCAGAUCUCAGGCUCAAGAAUUUGGAUGAACUGCAAAAAGAUCUUGGGCAUAUGAACUUGCGGAAGAGGUUUGCUCCAUCGGCAACCCGUAAAAUUCGAGUUGAUGCAAUGAAAUGCUUGCGCCUAAAAAUAUCUGCAGAAUACAAUCCAUAUGAGAGCUUUAUUGCUGACUCCGUUUGAGAGUGGUGCAAUGCUGACUCAAUUGAAGAUGUUUUAGACAGUUUUUUUGACACAUUUUUACACAUCAAUCGACUGCCAUUCUCUUACAUCUUUGUAGUAUAUAUCUUUUCAGAGAGCAUAUAUUCGAGAUGACAGAUAGUAAGCAUAUUGUUACCGUAACACUUUCAAUGGAAA